UUAGCAAUAAUAACUUUGAAGUUGGUCACUUCCUUGAUACCAAACCAGGCCCUUGUGCUUUCGAAGCAACAGAAAUUGACAAGAGGCCAAAUAGGAGUUUCAUGCAAGGCUUUACUGGAGGUGUAUGCUUGAGCACGGGGAGGCAGCACAAAGGCCAGAAUCCUCAGGCUGACUCUCCGAGGAAAGGUCUUCAGAACUGAAAAGUUACUGGGCCGGAGAAUGAGAGGAAUAAUUAUCAUCCGCUUUCACCAUGACCCACCUGGGAGCCCAUUUUGCCUUUCGAUCCCGCUGGCAGAAGACCGACGAUGAACUCUGUCGACAUAGCAUGUCCUUCAUCCUUCACAAAGCCAUUCGCAAUGACUUCUUUCAGAGCUAUCUCUACCUGCUGGAAAAAAUUCCCCUGGUGAAACUGUAUGCUUUAACAAGUCAAGUCAUCAAUGGUGAGAUGCAGUUCUAUGCCAGAGCUAAGCUUUUCUAUCAAGAAGUACCAGCUACAGAAGAGGGUAUGAUGGGAAAUUUCAUUGAACUGUCCAUCCCAGAUAUCCAGGCUUCUCGGGAAUUUCUCAGGAAAUUUGUUGGGGGUCCCGGGAGAGCUGGGACAGACUGUGCCUUGGAUUGCGGCUCUGGAAUAGGAAGGGUCAGCAAGCAUGUCUUGUUGCCCGUAUUCAACAGUGUGGAACUGGUGGACAUGAUGGAAUCGUUCCUUGUCGAAGCCCAGAACUACCUGCAGGUCAGCGGGGACAAGGUAGAAAGCUACCACUGCUACAGUCUGCAGGAAUUUACACCCUCACUGGGGAGAUAUGAUGUCAUCUGGAUUCAGUGGGUCUCUGGGUACCUGACGGACAGAGACCUCCUUGCGUUUCUUUCCCGGUGCCGCGCUGGCUUGAAAGAACACGGUGUCAUCAUCCUGAAGGACAAUGUGGCUCGGGAGGGCUGUGUCUUCGAUCUCUCGGACAGUAGUGUGACUCGGGACAUGGACAUCCUCUGGAGCCUCAUUAGGAAGAGCGGGCUGGUGGUGCUGGGCCAGAAGAAGCAAGAUGGCUUUCCAGAGCAGUGCAUCCCGGUGUGGAUGUUCGCCCUGCACAGUGAUGGACAUUCCUGA